AUGAACAUUGCGCCGCAAACUGCGAAUCCGCUUCAGGCCCUGGGCUGGGCAUUCGCCUUCAUUCAAUUUCUCCAGGCUGCACUCUUUUCCGCCUUGCGUGUCUUCGCAGUCUGGGAUAAGAGCUAUGUCUGGUCGCUGAUCACGUUCGCAUUGAGCAUGGUGCUAGUUGCGACGAAUAUAUACAAUGCGGUAAUGACAAAGUAUGGUUUUUAUUUGGACCCGCUCCUUGGAGUAACAUGCGCCGAGGAGUCUCAGAUCUCAGCACAAUCAGAUAGCAUGCGUAUGUUCCACGUCUUGUAUACCACACGUGGCUCCCUCAUACUCGCUGACGCUAUCGUGCUCGUCCUAACGUGGAUUAAGACGUUCAGACACUGGAGGAAUGCCCGCCGCCUCAAGAUGAGGGCAUCGCUGACGACUUGUUUGUUGCGCGAUGGAACUAUGUAUUUCAUAGCUCUGCUGGCCCUCAAUAUGACCCAACUGCUUACAUACAACGUCUCCUCCUCAGAGAUAGCAAUACCCUCAAUACUCAUCAGCCGCUUCAUCAUCAACCUCCGGACGGCCGGCUCGACAGUGUCGGACUACUCUGUGCACAUGAGCGACCAGCAACAACGACAGUUAUCACUGCAAUUCAGAAGGCCAACAGAUCGGUUGGGAAAUAUGGGUGGAACGCUGCAGGAUGGCUGGAGCGACGAAACCUGUGAUGAAGAGAGCGAUGUGGCAGAAGUGGGAGAGGAAGGACGUCAUGAGGCCGGCGCCGAGGCGUGA